AUGAAAGUCACAAUCGAUCUUCGCACCCUGCUCUUCUUGAUCAGCUGCCGCUUUGAAGAAGCUGCAGCUUUUGUAACUUCUUCAUCUUCAAAAGCGAAAAGUAUCAAAAGUAGUAACCCAUCCAUCAGAAUCAGUACAACUACCACGGGCAGCCGUCCCUUCAUCACUGACAGCAAACGGCAACCAUCUUCUGCAAGUCGCACGGCGCUCUACUCCUUUCCACUUAUCCGGAACACCCUCGUUAUAGCUGCAGCGUCCGUCGCAGCAUCCGCGAAGAUUGUCAGCCAAGGUGACGUGGCCAUUGUCGAACGCUUGGGCAAAUUCCAUCAGAUUCUCAAUCCCGGACUCCAUUUUACAAUCCCCUUGGUCGACCGAUUGCGCACCAGGCUGUCUAGAAGAGAACAGGUCUUUGAUAUUCCACCUCAAGAGUGCAUCUCUCUGGAUAAUGCUCCGCUGGCUGCCGAUGCAGUGGUCUACUGGAAAAUGAUAGAUCCAAAUCGGGCCUACUAUUCCGUCAUGAAUUUAGAGCUGGCCAUUCAGAAUCUGGUAUUGACACAGCUGCGGUCCGAGAUUGGAAAACUCUCGUUGGAUGAUACCUUUUCGGCACGAGAGAAGAUUAAUUCCGUUUUACUGAGGGACUUGGAUGUGGCAACCGAACCGUGGGGCAUUCAGAUUACCCGAGUGGAAGUGCGUGACAUCAUUCCCAACAAACAAAUUCUAAAGGCCAUGGAACAGCAAAUGGCGGCGGAACGAACCAAACGAGCGGUGGUCAUUCAGUCGGAAGGUGAAUUGCAACGAUCAGUGAAUGAAGCGGAAGGAAACGCGCAGUCUAAAUUGAUUGAUGCCAGGGCCGCCGCGGGAGCGGUGCGGUUGGAGGCCCAAGCUAAGAAAGAUCAAUUGGAACUGGAAGCUCAAGGAGCUGCACAAGCAAUCAAAGUGCUGAUAGACGUUGUGGGUGGCAAUGCGCAGGAUGCCACCCAAUUUCAAUUGACUCGAGAAUACAUCGAGGCACAGAAAGCUUUGGCGAAUAGCGCGAAUACCAAAAUCAUCUUGUCGCCCGACGCAUUAAGCGGCGCCAUGGUGCAAGCUUUAUCCAACUACGAUGUUGCUGGAAGUGGAAGCAAAGCGUCUCCUUCCAAGUAA